CUUCUCUCUCCUCUGCCCUAAAUGUGAGCUCCCUUGUCUUUAGCCUAGCCAAUGAUGCUUUCUCCGCCGGGUUACUCGGGUCACGUUCUCAUCAGUACGCCGAGAAAGGCGGUCUUGCUCCCCAGCUUACCUUGAAAGAGGGGGCCUUGAGUCCAAGCGAGCAACUGAACAGAGCAGCGGCCGCGGGCUUGGCAACGUGGGAUCUGAGGCCCGCGCAUCGAGGUCUUUUGAUUAGCAUCUCGACUAUCGACUGAUGAGGCGGCCGUAAAGAGCAGUAGAAUGAUUAGACCGGCACGUGGAAUGCCGAGAUGGGCGUAUGCAGGCCAAGAUCGAUGGACCUCUAAAUCGUGGCAAAGUGUCGAUAAAAGUCCACAGAUCCGCGCAUCUCGCCGAAUGUGUAGCUCAGACUCCUCAGCUUCUCUUUCCCCUCUCGCCACACGGAGCACAUCCGGGAUCCUAAGAUGCAUUGCAGUAACCUAGGUUCUGCGCUUUUGGCUAUUGCGAGCCUUGCAGGCUUCGCCAACUGUGCGCCCGCAACCUCGUCUACAUCAACCUCGUCAUGCAAAUGCUUCCCUGGCGAUGCAUGCUGGCCCAGUAGCAGUGAUUGGGCCGCGUUCAACAAGACUGUUGAUGGGCGUCUGAUUGCGACGGUUCCUCUGGGAUCACCCUGCCACGGUGCAUCCUACAAUGAGACUGAGUGCCAGUUUCUGCAGGACAAUUGGCUGUUCUCUCCAAUCCACUACAACUCGUCGUCGUCGGUCAUGGCGCCGUUGUUCGCGAAUGCGAGCUGCGACCCAUUCCAACCGGCUGACACGCCUUGCACUCUCGGCAAUUAUGUGCGAUAUGCGGUCAAUGUGUCAACGGCUGCUCAUGUCACAGCAACGCUUAAAUUCGCGGCGCAGCGCAACAUCCGCUUCGUCAUCCGCAACACGGGACAUGACUAUAACGGCCGCUCAACUGGUGCUGGCGCCCUCUCUGUUUGGACUCAUUAUCUCAAGGACACCGAGGUUUUGGACUGGAGCGAUAAGUAUUACACCGGCAAGGCCCUCAAGAUUGGGGCUGGUAUCCAGGGCUUUGAAGCUCUCGAGGCAGCACACGCAGCUGGGUUAAUUGUAGUGACGGGAGAAUGCCCUAGUGUUGGCAUUGCUGGAGGAUACGUCCAAGGAGGCGGUCACUCUGCUCUCAGCACCAUUUAUGGCCUGGCAGCCGACAAUGCCCUCUCAUAUGAUGUCGUGACUCCCAACGGAACGCUCGUGACUGCCACCCGGACUCAGUAUAAUGAUCUUUACUGGGCAUUGAGCGGCGGCGGCGGCGGCAACUAUGGUGUUGUAGUGUCCAUGGUUUUCCAAGCCCAUCCUGACAACAUUGUCAGCGGCUCCAAGUUCGCCGUUGACACCACUUCCAAUGAGACACUGUACGCCGUCAUUGACGCCUUCCACGCCGCUCUGCCAGCCAUUGUGGAUUCGGGUGUCAUGAUCAUCUACUUCUUCGGCCCAGGAUUCUUCCAGGUGCCUGCCAUGACGGCAUACGGCAAGACGCAAGACGAGGUUGAAGCCAUCCUGAAGCCUUUUGUUGACGCUCUGGCGGCACUCAACAUCGACCUGGCGCCCACAUACACGCAGUUCUCCAGCUACUUUGAUCACUUCCAGAACUAUUGGGGCCCGCUUCCCGCUGGCAACAUCCAGGUCGGCACGGACCUGUUUGGUGGCCGACUGAUUCCCCGCUCCGUGCUGCCGAAUUUCUCUCCGACAGCGCAGAAGCUAGUUGAGCUCGGCGUGACCUUUAUCGGUGUCGGGCUCAACGUUUCUCACUUUGGCGGCGGCAAUGCCAACGCCGUGCUGCCGCAGUGGCGAUCGUCCAUUGUAGAGGUCUCGCUGACACUGCCGUACAGCUUCCAGGUUCCUUUCCAGGACAUGAUUGCCACGCAGGACACCAUCACCAACGUUGUCCAGCCCGUCAUCGAGGCAGCUACGCCCGGUGCCGGUGCCUACAUGAACGAGGCUGACUUUCAGCAGCCAGACUUCCAGGAAACCUUCUUCGGCGCCAACUAUCCACAGCUGCUCAAGAUUAAGCAAAAGUAUGACCCCACGGGUCUGCUGUAUGCGAGGGCCGCCGUGGGUAGCGAGGCUUGGACCGUUGCGGAGAAUGGCCGGAUGUGCAGAACUCAGUCAUGAUUUGUUGAGUUUAAUUGAUUAGUUGUAGUAGUAACAGUAGUAGUGUUUAGUUGAAUGGCUCAUGAAGAUGAUUAGUUCAUGUUGAUUCAAGAGAUGAAGUGCCAUUUGGAAUGGUGUUGUGCACGUGUAGAUUAGCAGAUAUGCAGAUUGUGGCAGGUAC